UCCGGUUGGUGGCGGAAGCGCCGUGCGCGGGGCCAAGAUGGCGGCGGGAAUGUACCUGGAGCACUACCUGGACAGUAUUGAGAACCUGCCAUUUGAAUUGCAGAGAAACUUCCAGCUCAUGCGAGAUCUGGAUCAGAGGACAGAAGACCUCAAGUCGGAGAUCGAUAAGUUGGCCACAGAGUAUAUCAGCAAUGCACGAACUUUGUCUUCAGAGGAAAAACUGGGGCUUCUCAAGCAAAUCCAGGAGGCCUAUGGGAAGUGCAAGGAGUUUGGGGACGACAAGGUUCAGCUGGCUAUGCAGACCUACGAGAUGGUUGAUAAGCACAUCCGGCGGCUGGACACAGACCUCGCUCGCUUUGAAGCAGACCUGAAGGAGAAGCAGAUAGAGUCGAGUGACUAUGACAGUUCUUCCAGCAAGGGCAAGAAGAAGGGCCGAGCCCAGAAAGAGAAAAAAGCUGCCCGUGCUCGCUCUAAAGGGAAGAACUCUGAUGAGGAAGCACCAAAAACUGCCCAAAAGAAAUUGAAGCUUGUCCGCACUAGCACAGAGUAUGGGAUGCCUUCAGUCACCUUUGGAAAUGUGCACCCUUCAGAUGUACUGGAUAUGCCCGUGGACCCCAAUGAGCCUACUUACUGCCUUUGCCACCAGGUCUCCUAUGGGGAGAUGAUUGGCUGCGACAACCCAGAUUGUUCCAUUGAAUGGUUUCAUUUUGCCUGUGUGGGUCUGACAACAAAACCAAGAGGGAAAUGGUUCUGCCCUCGCUGUUCGCAGGAGAGGAAGAAGAAGUAAAUUCCCAUGAAACCUCAGAACUGCUGCAGGAGCUCUCUUCCCCCUGCCAGGGCCUCGUCCCAGUUCCCCCAGCCCUGGGGCCUUGGCUGAGGGGGAGUCUUGCCCUGUUUGUGGUUUGAGCCAUCCCUGGAAUGGUGUGUACCCUCACUGUGGUUCCUGUGUGUUCUGUAUCCCGGGUUGCUUCCAAGUCCCUAAGGGAGGACUUCUCUGUGUACUAUUCCAAACAGGUCUCUGAACCUCAAAGGGAAUGAAUGAGGGCACCAGGGUAGCCACCAGAUUCCCAGGGAUUCAGGUAGCCCCUGAUUUUCCUUGGCUUUCCUUCAGCCUCCUCAGAGUUCAUUGCCUACUCUGUGCUUAGAGAACAAGGCUAUGGGAUGGGGGAAGGAAAGGAGGUAAGUCUUCAGCAUUUUAGGUCAUUGAUUUUCCUGGAUCUUUUUCAGGAGAGAGGGAGUAACCAGGCUACUUCUUAAUCUAGUGGGCUGGUUGAGAAACUGAAAACCUGAUGUGCUCCCUGUCUUUAACCAUUCCAUUACUGGCAUUGAGCAGCCUCUUUUGCUGGGGAGAGGAGGAGGCAGAGGGAGUGUUUAGAGCUAGCUUUGUCUCCCUUAUUCCUGGGGUAACCCUGUUGGUCUGGGAAGCACAUUAUGGGAAGGAGGAAGAAUUUCUAACCACGUGGGGAGAAGUGGCUUGGUCUAGCCUGUCUUCCGGCUCCAAAAUUCUGCCUUCCUUUUGUGCAGUGGUGCUUCUCCAUUAUGUUGAUGGUGGAAAGUUUGGGGAUCAGAUCCCACUUGUAUAAAACAGAAUGAAAUAAAAUUCAUUGAAAAAAAAUACUCUGUUUGCCUUGCUGUUACCUCUAAAAUAAACUGUGGCAAUUGG